GUAACUAACUGCGAGGAAGUCCUCUUCUUCUCUCCUCUUCUAUCUGUCAAGCUGGCAGACAAAUUUGAUGUUUCAAAGCCACACAUCGGCAGCUAACUGUAUUUAAUAAAGAUGGGUGAACAAGACCCAACUAACAGGCUACCAUGUGACGAAAUAAAGGAUCCGAAGGAAAAUGACACAAGUUUUUCCCAGUUUUCCACCAGUGUACGCACCAUGAUGCGAAUUCGCCAAAAGUACCAGGCCAUCAAGAAACGGCGUAUGGAAAACCUUCAGAAUUCCAUAUCUCCACGGUCGCACAGCCCCAAAUUUUUCACCUUUGAGAGUUUCCCAGAGCCUGCUUCUCCACGCAAACGCAAGAAAAAGAGGAAGACACGAAUCUUGUAUCCGAGCAACAGUUUGAGAGCUGUUCCCACAAAAGAGCACAGCCGAGCCAAGAAGUGUCUGUACUUGUUGUGCAUCAUUGUCUUUCUGCAGGUUUACAAUGCCUUCGAGAACCUAGACGACCACGUCCUCAUGUACGAUCUAGACGGACUUGAAAAGACCCUGAAAAGGGAAGUGUUUGGACAACAGGAAGUGACCGAGGGCAUUCUAGAGCAUUUACAAGAUUAUUUGUCAACUUAUGUUCACAAUAAACCUUUGGUGCUGUCGCUUCAUGGACCGACUGGAGUCGGGAAGAGCCACGUUGGUCGAUUGUUGGCUCAGCAUUUUCGUUCAGUGGUAGGCGACCAAUUGGUAAUGCAAUACUUUGUGCUGCACCACUGCCCUACGGAUGACGAUAUCCCUCACUGCACCACCGCUCUGGACGCCCGCAUCACUGAAAUGGUCACUCAAGCUGAGGAAGAAGAGAAGAUACCGCUCUUCAUCUUCGACGAGGUGGAACACAUGCCCAGAGAGUUGCUGGACACAUUACAAGAUCUGACACAACCCCAAAAAAACAACGAAUACUUAAAUGCAAUCUACAUUAUAAUUAGCAACUUGGGACAUGAGGAUAUCACCAAAUUUGUCCUUCAUAACUCUAGUGUCGCCGUCUCGGGCCCUUUGAGCUUGAGUCAAGGACUGACCCCUUGGUUGCGCAGCUACUUGCAAAGUUACCACUCGCUAUUCCUGGAAGCCGAGUUCCUACCCUUCACUCUUUUAGAGAAAAGCCAUGUAAUGGAGUGUUUUAUUGACGAGAUGUCUCGAGAAGGAUUCUACCCAGAUCGCCCACACGUAGAAAAACUAGCGGAAGAACUCUCGUACUAUAAUGUAGGAAAGUGGGCAUUUUCCCACACCGGAUGCAGGAAGGUUGUAGCAAAGGUGAACCUUCUCUAAAACACAAUCUGCCAUGCAGAUGUUCGACAUGCAAGGAUGAUACCAUUGGUGGGACUCAAUUGUGAGUAGGGUUGGGACCCGAGAACCGUUCCAGGAUGAUUUUCAGUUCUGAUAAAGGUUCCCAAGCAUGCAAUUUUCCAACCAAAAUGGACGGAACAUGUACUAAAGGCUAGGUUUCCUGCAGUGCAACUCAGCAACAGCACUGUCCCUCUAUAUCUGUGCUGUCGAAAUCUGGCAUUUGGCAACAGACAGCUGAAGGGAAGUAAAUGCAAUAAGAAUGGCAUUAUCUUAUUUUCAAAUAACUCUUCCUCAAAAGUACUAAAGGAAGCAUUAAUGGAACCAUUAAGUAACCGCAAUCAUUAAGAAGAUUCGGAAGCGGAAUUCCUUACGAUUCCCAUCCCUUAUAGUAAGCCCUUGUGAGAUGUUUGCCAUUGUGUUUGGUCUUAUUGACCCCGUUUCCACCUGGUAUUAAGAUGCGUCUCGGAUGAGCUGAUCACAUGUGGUCAGGUGAGACACAUCCUUUUAAAGCUGCUCGUAAAUGGCAACGCUUAAACUUGUUUUAGUGUAUUAGUUUGAUUGACAGGUGAGUGAUGGCGCAUUAUUGCUACCAGAAUGCAUACAGGACAGAUUAGCAUUUACACCUCAAAUGCGAUUAGGUCACAUGUGAUCCGAUCACAACCCCGUUUAGACCAUAGACUGUAAAAAAAGAUGGACGACGCCCCUUCUCUCUUUUCCAUUGGUGAGAACUGAAGCCGCCAGUGUCCCGAUAUGGCGCUGACAUCUUGGGACUCGAGUCUGCGCAGUUGCGAUUUCGGGACCAGACCUGCGCAGUAGUGAGCAGGAAGUAAAGCUGCGAAAUCAAGGCCCCGCCCUCACUCUCGCUGAAUCAAUCGCAAGCACACGCCCCUGCACUUUUGACGGUUUGAAAUUAUUAAUUAUAGAAAUUUAUAUAUUAAAUUUAAAGCUUCAAUCUCCUCCGAAGAUCCCGAAAAAAAGUCUGUUGGUGCUUCAGUGACUACUUCGCUCAGAGAACCUGUCAAUCAUGAUGUCAAUCAUGAUGUCACAGCACUGUACAUUAAAUGACAGAAACUAUCUUUGGAAAAAAGAUAUGUGAAGUGUAAUUUAAUUGUUUAGUUGGUCUCACGUCCCGUUGAAUAACAUGGGGAGGCGGGGUUUAUGACCUAUACUAGGACCAGUCACCGGGGGGCGAUCGAGACGUUUUGGCUUAAUUUUUGAGGGCUUGUGCGGCACACUUGGUUUAGACCCGUAUUUAGCGCUGACCACAUGUGAUCGGAUCACCCGAAACGCAACUUAAUACCAAAUGGAAACGGGUUUAUUGUCAAGCAUUUCAAUUAUUUUACAUUGUCUUUUUUGUGAAACAUUGUUGUUAUAACUGUGCAUUAUGAUUGUAAAGAUUGUGUAAACAAACAGCAUAAAGUAUUUUAUUCUCAUACAUGCACUGUGACGUAGAUGAUUCAAGCACAAAAACUGUAC